AUAUGACACAUCGGCUGAGGCUAAAUAUUACUUGCUCGGAAUAAAUAAUACAUAUUAUAUUGUUAUAAUUUCAAUUUGAGCCCUAACCAUGGCAAACUUUUUGCAAGAAAGUCCUGUAAAAUAUGUAUGUUCGUGUGGUAUACUUAACCCAAUAACGAAAUUAUAUUUUUGUCGGCAUUGCCUUAGUUUAAGGUGUGGCUUUUGUGUUUGCCAUGAAGUUGAUUCUCACUUUUGUUCUAACUGCUUGGAGAACAUACCUUCAAGUGAAGCAAGGCAUAAAAAAUUUAGGUGCAACAGUUGUUAUGUUUGCCCUUCUUGCAAUCACACUUUAUCAGCAAAAGCAGCUACUGUAACGGUACCGAGAAAACAAGAUGAGCCAGUAAAAGAAGGUGAAGAUCCUAAAACUCAACAAAAGAAAAUGUAUUUUCUUACAUGUUUGGCGUGCCGAUGGACUUCGAGAGACGUCGGAAUUCCGGAUCAAAGUUCUACUACUGGACAUUGGCCUGAUCUUGAAUAUUCCAAUCAAGCCAGAUUUACAUCAAUUUUUGAAUAUUAUCAAGCAGUUGUUCUUCAAGAAAAACAGGAAAAGCGAGAAUUUUGGAGAAGAAAAUCUCCGAAGGCUCAUAAAUAUCCUUCACUGACCGAUCGCACUGGAUUGACAGUCUCGAUGAUUAGAAGACAAAUUGGUUGGAAUGACAAAAACCCAAUUAAAGCCAAACCAGCAUCUAUAAGCCCUUCUAUAGCAUCUGAAGAGGUGCAACAGUUACCUGAAAUCGUUUUUACGAAGCCUAUUAAUUUAAAAAAUGUAACUACCAUUAAGCAGAGACAUGGCCAACCAGCUGAGCAACCAUAUACUGUUGAUAGGCUAUAUCCACAAAGAAAAUCUCUUUGGAUUAAACGUUCGCUUCGUUGUCGUAAAUGUGAGCACAAUGUCAUUAAACCUGAAUUUCAUCCUUGUUCAAUUAAGUAUCGUAUUCAAUUGUUUGCAAGUUAUCAUGUUCCUGAAGUUCGUUUGGUAUCUUUAACUAAUGUAAAACUAACACCCGGAGAAAAAAAUCAAGUUAUUUUAAAAUUUUCGAAUCCAACCAUGCAAGAUAUGACAAUUACAAUUGAAGAUUUACCAAGCGAAAGCGAGGAAGCCCAAUUAAUCGAUGAAAUAAAACAUGAUUUUGAAAAACAAGUUCAAAUUUCGGAAACAGGGCCGACAUCAACUCCAGUAACCUUAGGCACUAGCCUUUCUAGACAACCUUCCUUAAACGAAGAACCGAGACCAGUUGAUGUGGGAACAAAUACUACUUUAGAAAUUUUGGAUUCAUCAUUCAUAUUAAAUCACCGUGACGACUCUGCCGAAUUCGAUGAAGAGGUUCAAAUUGAAAAAGAAGAGCCUGAGUUUAUUGUUUGGAGAAAAUCAAACAAAGUUUCGAUUAAAUUAAAUUUUACUCCAAAUGAUGAUUUAGAAGUUGGAAACGAUGUAAUAUUAGGAUUUACUAUACAAUACACUUAUGUUAAUACAGUAACCAAUACUCCAGAGAAGAAAAAACCGCAAACUCAUGCAUUGACUUGCAGAGUAUAUGUAAAAGUAGGAAGCAUUGAGUGAACAAAAGUGUUUAUUUGAUUAUUUUUCAUAUUACAAUUUUUAUAUCUCAAAAGCAACGUAAUCGGAAAUAAAUGGCUGUAUUAUUUUUGCUUUUAUUAUUAAUUAAAUUAUAUAUAAUUCUCAAGUAUUAUUUAAUUUGCAGCUUAAUUUAUAUAUCAUGUUUAUUAUUAAAUAAUGUCGAGGUAAUUUUGCAAUUAUAUGUAUACUCUCUUAAAACUAAUAAAAUAUAUAAAGGAA